AUGCGUAGUCCUUUCUAAACUGUAAAUGGCGACAUGUGCUCGAUGAGAAUUUCAUAUUUUCUCAUGCCAUGUUAGCCUGCAAGUUUUCGUAGAUAAUUGGUUGUCAUCGGGUUUGUUACACUCAGAACUGGUGUUAGGAUUUAAAAUUAUCGACAGAAGGAAAAAUUCAUAUCAGUUUGUUUUAUUUCGAAUGUAAACAUUGUGCUCUUGCAGACAACGUGGCUUCACAUCUUUUGAUUUUAAAAAUCGUAUUGUAGAUGAAUUUGAGCUUUUUAGUAUUGUAAAGAAAGUUUUCUUGUAGAUUUCAUAUUGGAGAACCUUUUGAAAUUAGUUUAAACUGGUGUCAACGUCGACUAAAUCGUUGUGCACAAAAAAUCUGUAAAUAGACACGUUCUGUUGACUAGAUUUAAAACGAGGCUCUGUGUUGGAGAUAAUUUUUGCAUAUUGUCGACGAAAUACUUUUAGCUUUUCACUAUUACUUGUUACUGUUAAUUUGAAAUAUCGUAUUGCUCCGCGAUGGACUGAUGCAUAAUCGUCUGUCACAUUAAUAAUAAUAAAAUAUAUUGUGGAAACAUUUCGAAGGGAGUUGCAGACAUGGCUACAGCUGUAGGGUCAAAUGCUCCCAGUGAACAUUUUCAAUCUGACAACAUGGCCUCAGAGGAAAGAGCAGACUCUGGCACCACUGUUAAUAAUAAUGAGGAGAGUCCACCAAAACAGGUGACAGAUGAAAGUAUAGAAAACGAAACUGCUGUUGAAGAUGAAAAAUCAGAAAAGGAGAAGACUAAAGUGAAGAAAUUUGACAAUAAAAAUUAUGUUGAAGCCCCUCUUCCAAAGUCUAACCCUUGGAAUAAAAGUGCACAACCAACCAGUCCACCAGUCAAGAUUGUUAAAAAACCAGCAGGUGAUGAAGUGAAAGUUAUUAAACCAAAGGUAGAAGUCAAAAAAACAGCUCAGGCUGCUUCUGCUAGUCUAAGUGAUGAGAAUUGGCCAGCAUUACAUGAAGUAACUGAGACUCAGACAUCAAAGAAACCAAUGAAAACUGCUGUUACAAAUCAACCGUCUGCUGGCUCAUCAGGCAGCCAAUCACAAGGCAGUGAUUCAGGUGGAGAAGAUUCCUCAAAGGAAAAUAAAGAUACCUCCAGUAAUAAUGGAGAUGGUCCAGGAACUCCUAGGCGUAGCAGAGGAAUCCGUACUUCCAAGCAGAAAUGGGUUCCAUUAGAUAUUGAACCAAAAAAUCGUAGAAGUCGCAGUCAAGGGAGACUACCUAAUGGACGUGGAAAGUUUGACCGAAGACCAGACAGUAGAGGAGAAAUCAGAGGUCCUGAUGGAAGAAACUGGAGAGAUGAUAUGCGUCCACCAAGUCCAAGAGAUGGCAGAGGUGGUUUUGGUGGCUUUAGAAGAGGUCGAGGAGGGCGUGGCCGUGGAGCCAGAGGAAGAGGUCGAGGACGUGACUUUGGCCCAGGUGACUUAGUGGGUCAAGAUGUGAAAUACUUCAGUGCAGAAUUUAAUAAUGAGACAUUUUAUGCUGAGCCAUCUUCAGCCCCGCCCACUGAGAGAGGAAGUGGUGGAGGAUUUAGAGGGACAGUUUAUUUUAACCCCUCGUUUGUUGAUGAGACUGUCUUGAAAGAUUUAGUUAAAAAACAAAUAGAAUACUACUUCAGUGAAGACAAUUUACAGAGAGAUUUCUUCUUAAGAAGGAGAAUGGACAAAGAAGGCUGGCUUCCUAUCAGUCUCAUAGCAAGUUUCCACAGAGUUCAAGCUCUAACUCAGGAUGUAGCACUUAUAAUUAAGUCUUUGAAAGAAAGUGAGGUAUUGGAAGUACCAGAGGAUGCGUUGAAGGUUAGAGGUCGAAUUACUCCUGACAAAUGGCCGAUAGAGGCCCCUCCUAUAGGACUUCCAGUGUCAUCAACUCUACAUGCUGAUGUACCAGAGUUUGUACCAGGCAAAGCUUAUAACUUCACACCAGUAUAUAAUGAUCAUCAUGAUGGAAAUGAAGGAGAUGAUGAGACUACAAAGUCUGACAACGAAGACAUGUUCAAUGAUACCUUAGGAUACCCUAACCCUAAUAUACUAUCUACUAGUGCUCCAGAGAUGACAGGGGACUGGAUACAAGUCAAGAAAAAAGACAGGACACCAAAGAAAAAGGAGGAAAAAGGAGAAAAGAGGAAGAAAAGUGAUGACCAACAAGAAGAACUGGACUUCAUGUUUGAUGAAGAAAUGGAAGGUUUUGAUGUUGGAAGGAGAAAUCAAUUCUCUGAGUGGUCUGAUGAUGAGUCCGAUAAUGAAAUAGGUGACGAUGAAUUAAACAAGAUUCUCAUAGUAACACAGACUCCACCCUCACUGAGGAAACAUCCCCAGGGUGACAGGACAGGGGACCAUGUACGACGUUCUAAAAUGACAUCGGAAAUGACUAAAAUAAUCAACGAUGGACUUUGUUACUAUGAACAGGAUCUCUGGGAGAAGGAAAAUGAGGAUGAUUUCUGCAAAUUUAGUACAGUGUCUGUGAUAACUAAAGAAAAAUAUGAAGCCUUGAUGCCACAUUCUACAGUGGCCGCACAGAAACUGCCACCUCCUCCACCGCCUGUUUCAAUACAAGCAGCUGGCAAGAAAGUGACGACUCCUCCAAUUGCUCAACCAGACAUUGCCCGAUCUUUACCCGCCUAUGUACCUGACACACCGGGCAAGAAAGAGAAAGGCCCUCGUACACCUCACAGCAAGAAAGAAGAAAUUGCUCCACGAUUUUAUCCUGUGGUUAAAGAUUCUGGACGACCUCAUGAUCCCCAGACCCCAAGGAAGAAGAAGACUCGCCACAGUAGUAAUCCACCAAUAGAAAGCCAUGUAGGCUGGGUAAUGGACGCCAGGGAGCAUCGACCAUCAAGAUCUCGAAAUAAUUCUAUGUCUCAGAGUCCAUCAGAUGCAAUGUUAUCGACCAGUUACGGUAGUUACAGUAGUACACCUCACGCCUUCCCAGCAUUCCAUCACCCGUCACACGAACUUCUAAAGGAUAACAACUUUGUGUGGCAUGUUUACCAUAAAUACCACGCCAAGUGUUUGAAAGAGCGUAAAAAGUCGGGAGUCGGUAUGUCACAGGAAAUGAACACACUUUUUAGAUUCUGGUCAUUUUUCUUGAGGCAACAUUUCAACAAGAAAAUGUUCCAAGAAUUCAAAACGUUGGCAGUGGAAGAUUCCAUAGCAGGAUAUAGAUAUGGUGUUGAAUGUUUGUUUCGGUACUUCAGUUAUGGUUUAGAGAAACGAUUUAGACCAGAAUUAUAUAAAGACUUCCAAGAAGAAACAAUACGAGACUAUGAGCUAGGUCAGUUGUAUGGAUUAGAGAAAUUCUGGGCAUUCCUUAAAUAUUCACGUAAACAUGUGGAAGUCCAUCCAAAGUUAAAAGAAUGGUUGUCCAAAUAUAAAAAGCUGGAAGAUUUCAGAAUAGAAAUGUUUCCUCCAGAUCAGGACAAAGGUGAAGGUCACAAACUUCAUAGACGGGAAAGACAAAUAUCAGAAAGCUCUAUAAGAGAAAGACAUUCGUCAGGGUCAAAGGGUCAGAGGGGCCAGUCUUAUCCUAAACAUAGUGCUAGCCAGUCGGAUCAGAGUAGAAAAGAAACAUUUGAUAAACAAAAAGACAAGACCAGUGUCAAAGACUCUAUUAAAGCAAAAGAUUCACAACUUACUAAGCCUGGAGGGAAAGAUUCAAAUCCAGCCAAGGUCAGUGGAACACAUGUGACUAAAUCAACUGAUACCAGUCAUUCUAAGUCAGGUGGACGGGAUUCACAUACAGCUAAAGCCGAUUCACAGUCCACAAAAUCUGGGGGACGAGAUUCACAUUCAGCUAAAGUCGAUUCACAGUACACUAAGUCAGGUGGAAGGGACUCCCAUUCAGCUAAAGCUGAUUCACAGUCCACAAAAUCAGGUGGACGAGAUUCACAUUCAGCUAAAGUAGAGACACAGUCGACUAAGUCAUCUGGACGAGAUUCACAUUUAUCAAAAGUGAGUGAUAAGGAAUCUUCUAAACCAGCUGAAUCCCAUUCAUCUAAAUCAAGUGAUGUCAAGAUGUCUAAAGAUUCUGGUGUAAAUAAAUCUGCUGGUAAAGAUAGUGGUCGACCACAUCAAACUAAAUCAUUUAACAGAGCCGAACCACCAAGGCAUGGUGGAACAUAUUCUAAACCAAAUAGUGCAAAACCUGCUACUUCAAAAACAGGGGGGAAAUUUACCGAUUCAAAAACCUCACAAAGUGGCGAUUCCAAACACCCAUCUAGUGUUAAACCAUCAGAUUUAAAAUCUGCCUCAAAACCAACAACACCACAAAGCCCCACUGCCAAAGAUUCAAAACUAUCAGAUAAAACCCAACAGUCAACAGCAAAGGACACAGAUAUGUCUAAAACCCAACAGUCAAAUAAGGCAGAUACAACUAAAACCCAACAGUCAAAUAAAACAGGAAAGGACACAGAAACAGCCAAGUCUGUUCAAUCAAAAUCACAAGUCGGGAAAGAAUAAGUAUUGGAAUACAGAUUUAGACAAUAGUUGUUUUACAGAGCAUUAACAAUAAUCAUUACAAAGUGUUAACUGUAUUACAAAGUGUUAAUAAUUGUAUUACAUUGACAAUAAUUGUAUUACAUUGUUAACAAUAAUUGUAUUGUGUGCGUGGCUAAUUUAUCAAGCAAAAAAAAAAUUCAAAAAAGAUAAAAAAUUACUAAAAAAAAAGUUAAUUGAUGCUUCUUUUUUUUUUUUAUCAUUUCUAUCAUAUUUCAAUGGGAAUUAUAUAUUAUAAUCACCAUAGUAAUUUUAUAAUUGUUAAACUGUAACUUCAAUCUGGUUACAAUGUUUCUAGUUUACAAAUACUGUGUCAACAUCAAUGGAGACGGCAUCAUGUUAUCUUCUUAGAUGUUUGUAAUACAAUUUUAUAAUAUAACUUCCAAACCUUUUGAAACUUGUUUUGAUAUAUAUUUAUAUGUGUUUGAAAAUUAUUGGCAUACUUAUUGCCGGGCAUCAAUUUGUAUUAAUUUCUAAAAUAUUUAAAAAAAAAAAAGAUAAAAUAAAUGACUUUUUAAAUUGGCUGAAACAGAAGAGAGUUGAGAUUGAAAGUAAGCAUACUAAAUAUGACACAGAAAACAAAGAAAAAUUGUAAGGAAAUUCUGUUUAAACCAUCAUUAAAAUAGAAAGACAUUUUUCUAGCAUAUGUGUUCUGAUUGUAAUAUUCAAUAGUGUUUUAUUUGACGAUAAGGGUGUGGAUUCAUCACGAAGUCUUUCAUAUCUAUGCAUUUGUUGUAAACAUUUCUACUAGUCUGUUUUAUAGCUUUGUUGUUGUAGCAACUAUUUUAUCUUUAUUCAGGUCAAUAUGAUUGUCAUGGCAACCAUUUUAUCUUGUUUUCGAUAUUAAAACAGUUUUAUUUUCAUAACAUUGUUAGUUGAUACAUUUAUUUUCAUCUUAAUCAGACUAGAAUAUCAGUAGUCUUUUUAUAUUAAUUGUUUUAAUGCUAAUUGAUUUAAAAUGAAGCAAUUUGAUUAUUUCUCUAGAUUACAUUUCGAAUCAAGGAAAUUGCUGAUGAUUUUUCUCUGUAGUUGCGAAAUAAUUUUAAAAACAAUUUUUCAUUGAUAUUUUGUUAAGUUAUGUAUGUUUUAUUAUUCGAGUUUUUAGUGUACACAAAGAGUCACUUUCAGUGUCCUGUGAAUCUUAUGAUUGUUGAUAAUUUUGGAGGAAAUUCAGACAUCAUAAUUCUUAAGACAUGACUUUUCUAUAUUAUAUGAAAAGAGAAGAAUUAUGUUAUUGAUUUGUUUAGAAUAAUAAUCUCUGCCAUUGGUAGAUAUAAUAAUGGCUGCCAUUGGUAGAUAAUUUGAUCUGAAUCCCUUGAUUCUGUUGUUAAUUGGUUUAGUGAGGAAUUAACUGGUGUACUGCAUCUUGUAUAUAUGAUUUGAGAAUGAAUGUAUUGUUAAGGAAACAGAAAUCAUGUGUAAACUUUAAAUUUGACAAAAUAUUGGCAGCAUGUUGUCCUUGUUUACUUAUUUUAUAUCUUGUUUUUUUUCAUUGAGGAUACCUGAACUAAUAUUAUACACAUCCGUAGACCAGGUUUACUCUUUCUUUAGGUCAUCUCAAACUUGUGUUCAUCAUUUAGGAUCCUGCCAAGAAAACAUGUGACCUUGUGGGGGUUCUGAUUAAUGCAAUAAAACCUCCCUACCAGGUCAUGUUACUUGUUUUAUGGAACUUAUGAAUACAAAAUAACUUCCCUAAUAGAUCAUGUGCAGUGUGAUAGUUCUGAUUAUAACAAUAAAACUUCCAUGAUAGACCCUUAACCUUUGGUGGUUCUGAUUAAAACAAUAAAACCUUCCUGAUAGUCCUUGAACCUGUGUUUUAAUUAAUAUAUUAAAACCUCACUGUAAGGCCUUGACCCUGGGAUGGCUCUAAUUAAUACAUUAAAACCUCACUGUAAGGCCUUGACCCUGGGAUGGCUCUAAUUAAUACAAUAAAACCUCACUGUAAGGUCUUGACCCUGCAAUGGUUCUCGUAUACAAUUUAAAACCUCACCAUCUGGACAUGUGAUCUUGUAUGAUGGUUCUGAAUGUUACAGAAAACUCCACCAAGAGACUAACAUGCCAUGCAAUGAUUCUAUUUUUUUGUUUUUUUAAAUAUGCAGCAUCAGACUUUAUUACCCAAUGAUGAUUCUUGUUAAUACUAUGAUUUCUCCUCAUGAGAACAAGAUGUGUUAACUCUGGUCAAUACAGUUAAUCUCCUAUAAACAGGACAACAGAUUGUGAAAAUUGAUUGCAUUAUUGUUUUUGUUUUGACAUGUUAUUGAGUUUUGUUUUGACCUGUGUACAAGUUUUGAUGUGUGGCUUUACUUGUUAUUAUUGUUAUUUCAGUUGUUAAUGUGUGUAAUAUAUAUAUAUUGUUUGUAAAUACACUUAAAUUGUAUAAUUAUCAUCUAUAAGAUUUGAAAACUAUUUAGAUAGAAAAAUAUAUGAAAUAAAAGUUCAAAGUAUAAAUGAAUGAAUUGAUAAGGUAAAUAAAAAAUUGAAAGAAAAAAGAUUUUUUAACCAAAUUGUUUUUUUUAAUUGUUAUAAAUCAUAGAUGCUGAACAAGCUACUUGAUUAAGCCUUAAAAUUAUUAAUCAUUCCAGUCACAAAUUACAGAACUAGUGAGUUCCCAUUUGAUUAUGUUUAAAUCAAACUUUUGGUUGUAUCUGAGGUGCUCAAACAGUUGUAAUUAUAAAUAGUUUCAAAAUUAGAACUUUAGAAUAUUGAAUCAACUUUACUAAAUUCUAAUUAAGAUUUUCACGCUCACAUGACAUUAAAUUACAACAUUGAAAUUGUGUUUUUCCAAUGUUAUUGUAUUAAUAUAAAAACAUCUUCAUUCAUAACCUAUGGCAAUUUUUUUCCCUCAGUUAUCUCCUCGAUUAUUAAUGGGACAUGAAAUAAGUUAAUUAUCAUUAUUGUCUUGUCUCUAAUAGUUGUCGCAAUUUAAAAUCUUUUUCAACCUGUGAUUAUGUGCAUAAUUGUGAGUUAUUUCAAUCAGUGUACAGCAUUAUUUAAGUAUUUAAUCUGAAUGAAUGAAUUUUAUAUUAAACAGAAUGUAUCUCAUGUUGUCCUGUUUUACUAGAAACAUUAAGUAUAUGUAGAAAUUAUUUUGCCUAAAGCAAGAGCCCUACAUUUUAAAACGUUUUUUAUUGAGCUAUUUUAUAAUGAUAUUUCCAUUCUAUUCUUUUAAAGUAAUUCCAAUCUAUUCUACUAAAGUCUAAUCAGUCUAUUAUUGAAAGGUAAUUAUGUCUAUUAAUAGUUUUGGGGAAAUUGUUUUGUGAUAAACAAGGAGCUAUGAAUAAACUGAAGAUAUUUUAGUCUCACUUUUCCAAAAAAUAAAUAAAUACUUUUUAAUUUAUUGCAUCUGAAGCACUUUUCUGGAUUACCCUUCAUCAGCAAAACUGAAAAUCAUUAAGUCAGGAAUGUAAAUAUACUUAAAGCGCUGCAUGAAUCUUCCAAAAUCUUCUUUGUCAACUCUACCUAAGGGAAAUGGAACUUUGUAUAUAAUUUAUAAAGGAUAUUGUCAAAGUAUUUUCUGUAAUAAAUUCCCCCUUUUGAAGACAUUUUUGAUCAGGACGAUCAAUCUGUAAAAAUAUUUUCUUAUAUUAUUGCACUAUAUUAACUUUCAUUCCAAUUUUCUUCCUGUCAUUUGACUGCUGUCGGGAAUCAAGAGGUCAUGUUCUGCCAUUAAUGUAUUUUAAUUGGUUCUAUUUCUGUGAAAUAACAUAUAUGAGUAAUUGAUAAAAAAUGCAAUUCUAACAUUUAUACAUGAUGAAAAAGCAGCAUAAAAUGAGUAAAAACUUAUGUAAGACUAUUUUAAGUGCAAAAGGAGUAAAUUUAUUUAUUGAAUAAAUCUGUAAUGGCAAGA